CCAUGAAUAAGACAAGAAGAAGAAAUUUGCUAAGACAGCUCCUCAGCAGCAGCAGCUUACAUUGGGUACCAGUUGUGUUAUGAUUUUGCUACUGUGCAGUUUUACUAAUGGGAAGCGUUGCUGUCAAUACUGGGAUUAAGCAUGGAUAAAGCGGGCAAUGUGGACAUUUCUUUCCCUUAUCGGAUGUGACUUCUAAAGGUGGGACGCCGUCAUGAAGCAACGUUAACAGAGAUAGCAGCUGUGAUAGCAGCUAACGUUAACCAAAGAAAGCUCCAGAGAUAUUAGCCUUCACAAACUGAGAGCCAACUAACGGUACGGGUGGCGUUCCUGCCUUCGAGCAGAAAUAUUAAUCAAGAGAAGGAGAUGGAAAAGAUGGCUGUUCUCCACUUGUCAUCAGCCACUCGUUUAAUACUCUCCGAGAGAGACUGAAAGGAAGAGAACAGAUCCUCUGGCAGGAGGGUGAGACACAGAGAAAACCUCCACAGCUAUCAGCCCCUUUAUAUAACGGAGGAAAUGGCUUUCUUGGACAACCCAGCCAUUAUUCUGGCCCACAUCCGACAGUCUCAUGUGACCAGUGAUGAUACAGGGAUGUGUGAGAUGGUACUAAUAGACCAGGAUGUGGAUCUGGAGAAGUGCCAGCUGGCUCUGGUGCCUGGCAGCAGCUGUGGGUCAAUGGGGUCCACCUCCCUGAGUGAGGGGGACAGCAGCGUGACAGACAACCACGCCUGUGACCUCUCCCAGUCCAUGGACAUUACCUCCAGCUGGGACUUUGGCAUCCGUCGGCGCUCCAACACAGCCCAAAGACUUGAAAGGUUAAGGAAAGAACGACAGAACCAAAUCAAAUGUAAAAACGUUCAAUGGAAAGAGAGGUCAUCCUCCCAAUCAGCGGAGGAUCUGGGGUCCCUGUUUGAAAAACGGGACUUUAAAGACAGGCCGCGGACAACCGGUAGCAAAUCCACACUGUCCCUGCGGCUGGAGCAGUGUCCCCAGCAGCUCAACAACCCCUUCAAUGAAUACUCCAAAUUUGAUGGCAAGGGCCACAUUGGCACAACAGCUACAAAAAAGAUUGACGUCUACCUCUCGAUGCAGAUGGCUCAGGAGAAACUCCAUCCCAUGACAGUGGUGACCAUUGCCAACGCCCGUGUGCACGACCUCAUCGGCCUCAUCUGUUGGCAGUACACAAGCGAGGGGCGAGAACCCAAACUCAAUGAGAAUGUCAACGCUUACUGCCUCCACAUCGCUGAGGAUGACGGCGAGGUGGACACGGACUUCCCUCCGCUGGACUCCAACGAGCCAAUCCACAAGUUCGGUUUCAGCACUCUGGCCUUGGUGGAGAAAUACUCCUCCCCUGGCCUCGCCUCCAGACAGUCGCUGUUUGUCAGAAUAAAUGCUGCUCGUGGUUUCUCUUUAAUCCCUGUGGACAGUCUGAAGGUAACCAUGAAGGAAAUUCUCCAGAAAGCACUCAAGAAGAGGAAAGGCUCACAGAAAGGCUCAGGGCCCAUGUAUCGCCUGGAGAAGCAGACGGAGCCAAACGUGGCGGUAGACCUGGACUCGACCCUGGAGAGCCAGAGCACCCUGGAGUUUUGUCUGGUCCGAGAAAACACUCAGGAAAACUUGGGCUCCCGGGGCGAGGAGAGCUCUGAGGAAGACCCACCCAUUGACAUCACCUCAGUCCAAGACAUGCUGAGCAGUCACCACUAUAAGUCCUUCAAGAUCAGUAUGAUCCACAAGCUGCGCUUCACCACGGAUGUCCAGCUAGGUAUUUCAGGAGAGAAAGUGGAGAUCGAUCCUGUCACCAAUCAGAAGGCCAGCACCAAGUUCUGGAUCCGGCAGAAACCCAUCUCUAUCGACUCGGACCACCUGUGUGCCUGUGACCUGGUGGAGGAGCGCAGCCCCAAUCAUGCAAUAUUCAAGCUCACUUAUCUCAGCAACCAUGACUACAAGCCGCUCUACUUUGAGUCGGAUGCUGCUACGGUCAAUGAAAUAGUGCUGAAGGUGAACUACAUCCUGGAGUCCCGGGCCAGCACCGCUCGGGCCGAUUACUUUGCCCUGAAGCAGCGGAAACUGAGCCGGCGCACCAGCUUCAGCUUCCAGAAGGAGAAGAAGACGGGCCAGUAGGCUCAGCCGGUCUCCUGUACACACAGCGGGACUGGAGACAGACAGGAAGACUGUGUGUCUCGGCUCCAGCUGGCCGAGGGGGGCGCCUCUGAAACCCCAUGGGCCAGGACAGUCCGCCAGCAAAAACAAACCAGUGAUUAGUUUUCUAAAAAAGGAAAAAGGCUUUGAAGAGCUGUGGGACCGAGAGUUGUCAGCUGCUGUUUUAUUCCCUGCCUCGCUGACUGAACACCCGCUCCGUCCUCCAGGGGGGGUUGGUUUGAAAGCUACAUGCUAAAUCGUUGCUUCUGUCCCGCCAUCUUUAUCACAUGUAACAUAGCAACAGGACAAGCAAACCUUCACAUUUUUAUGUUCUGUACAAAGACAUUUUACAUUCAGGAAAUGAAAUAAUGAUGAUAUAGAAAUGAAAAA